AAAGCUUAGUCAACCAUCCACGAAGCUCUGGGAAAUCUGAAGAAGAACGGAAAGAGGGACAAGUGUGGUCGGCUUGCAGGUGGAGUUCUCACUACCAGGAGGAAAAACGUAUUACUUGGGACUAAGUUGCAGCUAUGGGGCAUGGAAAGGGGAAAGAUGACUACAAAUUGGCAGCGACCGAUGACAAUGGAAAAGUUAAGAAAGGAAAAAAAAGUGAAAAGGACCUGGAUGAACUGAAGAAGGAGGUUGAUCUGGAUGACCAUAAACUGACCUUGGAUGAACUUCACAGAAAAUAUGGCACAGACAUAAGCAGGGGUCUCUCUUCAUCCCGUGCAAAGGAGGUCCUGGCCCGUGACGGUCCCAAUGCUCUGACUCCUCCCCCCACCACCCCUGAGUGGGUCAAGUUCUGCAGGCAGCUAUUUGGAGGUUUUUCCAUGUUACUAUGGAUUGGUGCUAUUCUCUGUUUACUGGCUUACGGUAUCCAGGCAGCCUCUGAGGAUGAGCCAGUUAAUGACAAUUUGUAUCUGGGUGUGGUGCUUACGGGUGUGGUCAUCAUCACUGGAUGUUUCUCCUACUACCAAGAGGCGAAGAGCUCGAAGAUCAUGGAUUCCUUCAAAAACCUGGUCCCACAGCAAGCCCUAGUUAUCCGUGAUGGUGAGAAGAAGAACAUCAAUGCUGAAGAGGUGGUGAUUGGAGAUCUGGUGGAGGUGAAAGGAGGAGACAGGAUACCGGCUGAUCUACGUAUCACCUCUGCCCAAGGAUGCAAGGUGGACAACUCCUCGCUCACUGGUGAAUCGGAGCCCCAAACACGUACUCCUGAAUUUUCCAAUGAGAACCCACUGGAGACAAGAAACAUUGCCUUCUUUUCCACCAACUGUGUUGAAGGCACUGCCAAAGGUAUUGUCAUCAACACCGGUGAUCGCACAGUUAUGGGUCGUAUCGCUUCUCUUGCGUCAAGCCUGGAGGGCGGUAAAACUCCCAUUGCCAAAGAGAUUGAGCACUUCAUCCACAUCAUCACUGGUGUUGCUGUCUUCCUGGGUGUGUCCUUCUUUAUCCUGUCCCUCAUCCUGGGAUAUGGCUGGCUGGAGGCUGUCAUCUUCCUUAUUGGAAUCAUUGUUGCCAACGUGCCAGAAGGUCUGCUGGCUACAGUCACUGUGUGUUUGACGCUGACCGCCAAGCGUAUGGCCAAGAAGAACUGCUUGGUAAAGAACCUUGAAGCUGUGGAGACCCUUGGUUCCACCUCCACCAUCUGCUCCGACAAGACUGGCACCUUGACCCAGAACAGGAUGACUGUGGCCCACAUGUGGUUUGACAACCAGAUCCAUGAAGCUGACACUACUGAGAACCAGAGUGGGACCUCCUUCGACAAGAGCUCUGCCACCUGGGCUGCCCUGGCUGGAAUUGCUGGCCUCUGCAACCGUGCUGUCUUUCUGGCAGAGCAGACAAAUGUCCCAAUCUUGAAAAGAGAUGUAGCUGGUGAUGCCUCUGAAUCUGCCCUGCUGAAGUGCAUUGAGCUGUGCUGUGGCUCUGUCAAACAAAUGAGAGAAAAGAAUCCCGCCAUAGCUGAAAUACCAUUCAACUCCACCAACAAAUACCAGCUUUCCAUCCAUAAGAACUCCAAGGCAGGAGAGGCCAAGCACCUGCUAGUGAUGAAGGGAGCCCCAGAGAGAAUCCUGGACCGCUGUUCAACCAUUUUGCUCCACGGAAAAGAGCUGCCAUUGGAUGAUGAGAUGAAAGAUGCCUUCCAGAAUGCUUACAUUGAACUUGGGGGACUUGGAGAGAGAGUUCUGGGUUUCUGCCAACUUCUUCUUCCUGAUGACCAGUUUGCUGAGGGCUUUGAAUUUGAUACAGAGGAGAUGAACUUCCCCACUGAGAACCUGUGCUUUAUUGGCCUCAUGUCUAUGAUUGAUCCUCCCCGUGCUGCUGUGCCUGAUGCCGUGGGCAAGUGCAGGAGUGCCGGAAUUAAGGUCAUCAUGGUGACUGGUGAUCAUCCAAUCACAGCUAAGGCCAUUGCCAAGAGUGUAGGUAUCAUAUCAGAGGGAAAUGAGACCGUUGAGGACAUUGCCGCUCGCCUGAACAUUCCAGUUACAGAGGUUAACCCAAGAGAUGCCAAGGCUUGUGUGGUCCAUGGUGGUGAUCUGAAGGAACUAACAUCAGAGCAGUUGGACAACAUUCUGGCCCACCACACUGAGAUUGUGUUUGCCAGAACUUCACCUCAGCAGAAACUGAUCAUUGUAGAAGGGUGCCAGCGUCAGGGUGCAAUUGUAGCUGUGACAGGAGAUGGUGUGAACGACUCUCCUGCCCUGAAGAAGGCUGACAUUGGUGUUGCCAUGGGCAUUGCUGGAUCAGACGUCUCCAAACAGGCUGCUGACAUGAUCCUUCUGGAUGACAACUUUGCCUCCAUUGUGACUGGGGUAGAAGAAGGCCGUCUGAUCUUUGACAACUUAAAGAAGUCCAUUGCCUACACCCUGACAAGUAACAUUCCAGAAAUAUCACCUUUCCUCCUCUUCAUCAUUGCUGAUAUUCCACUGCCACUGGGAACCGUCACCAUCCUUUGUAUCGACCUGGGAACUGAUAUGGUUCCUGCUAUCUCUCUGGCCUAUGAAGAAGCUGAGAGUGACAUCAUGAAGAGACAGCCCAGAAACCCCAAAACAGACAAACUGGUCAAUGAGAGACUCAUUAGCAUAGCCUAUGGUCAAAUUGGUAUGAUCCAGGCCACAGCUGGGUUCUUUUCCUACUUUGUCAUCCUGGCUGAAAAUGGAUUCUUCCCCAUGGACCUGCUGGGCUUAAGAGUUAACUGGGAUAACAAAGACAUGAACGACAUGCAGGACAGUUAUGGACAGCAGUGGACAUAUGAGGGCAGAAAGAUUGUGGAGUUUACCUGCCACACAGCCUUCUUUGCCAGCAUCGUGGUCGUCCAGUGGGCCGAUCUGAUCAUUUGCAAGACCAGGAGGAAUUCCAUCCUUCAACAGGGAAUGAAGAACAAGAUCCUGAUCUUUGGUCUGUUUGAGGAGACAGCCCUGGCUGCCUUCCUGUCUUAUUGCCCUGGAAUGGAUGUUGCCCUCCGAAUGUACCCACUCAAACCUUGCUGGUGGUUCUGUGCUUUCCCCUACUCUCUGCUCAUCUUCCUCUACGAUGAAGGCCGGAGAUACGUCAUGCGACGCAACCCAGGAGGUUGGGUGGAAAAAGAGACAUACUAUUGAGGCAGAGAAGCUACCCAGAGAUCCCCAGAGUCCACAUACCUCUCAAACAGCUAUGUUACAGUCCAUCCUAAUCUGGCUGCUGUGAUACAAUAAGCAAUGUGAUGAGGCAUUGAGGUCUAUUUGGGGUGUCCUGAUUGUGAAAUUGUGGUUCUAAAAUAAAUAACAUUUCAACUGUAA